GGGACACCGGCAGCUCCGAAAGGCGGGUCUGGACGUCGGUACCGCCUUGGAUCCGCAUUUCCGAGGCUCCGGCGACCCCGGGCGAGGCUUGGCAGGGUGACGCAGGGGGUUCCUCACCCACCCGCCUCCCCCUCUGCAGACUCGCAGGGAACAGGAUGACUGGUUCGCCUUUUAACCCAGACGGCUACUCUUUGGCAGGCACAACAGCUAGAACCAACCAGUAUGCCUGCGGGGUGUGCGCCUGCUUGACUGGGAACCGCAGCCGACCAGAGUGCGUGCGGACAGCAGUAAUUAAGUGUAAUUGGUGACACAUCUGAGCUAAGAGAUGAAGGGGACCAGUCACAGGUGUCCCCGGGCAUCCUGAGUUGUGGUGACUGACCAGCCUCCCUGCAGAGCUGGGUGGGGCUUGGGGAGUGAGCCAGAACCAUGGAUUGGGACACCCUCCACACCCUCCUCGGGGGUUCGAACAGGCACUCCACCAGCAUCGGCAAAGUGUGGAUCACCGUCAUCUUUAUCUUCCGGGUCAUGAUCCUCGUGGUGGCCGCUCAGGAAGUGUGGGGCGACGAACAGGCUGAUUUCGUCUGCAACACUCUGCAACCGGGAUGCAAAAACGUGUGCUACGACCACUUUUUCCCCGUGUCCCACAUCCGGCUGUGGGCACUGCAGCUCAUCUUUGUCUCCACGCCAGCGAUGCUGGUAGGGAUGCACGUGACCUACUACAGACACAAGACCGAACGCAAGUUCAGGCGAGGAGAGAGGAAGAGCGAAUUCAAAGACAUCGAAGACAUUAAAAAGCAAAAGGUUCGGAUAGUGGGAUCCCUGUGGUGGACGUACACCAGCAGCAUCUUUUUCAGAAUCAUCUUUGAAGCCUGCUUUAUGUACGUGUUUUACUUCCUCUACAACGGGUACCAUCUGCCCUGGGUGUUGCAAUGCGGGAUCGACCCCUGCCCCAAUCUUGUCGACUGCUUUAUUUCUAGACCGACCGAGAAAACCGUGUUUACCAUUUUUAUGAUUUCGGCAUCUGCGAUUUGCAUGCUGCUUAAUGUGGCUGAAUUGUGUUACCUGCUGCUGAAAGUUUGUUUUAAGAGAUCAAAAAGUGCACAGACGGAAAAAAAUCACCCCAACCAUGCCAUAAAAGAAAGUAAGCAAAAUGAAAUGAAUGAGCUGAUUUCAGAUAGUGGUCAAAACGCAAUCACAGGUUUUCCAAGCUAAACACUUGAAAGUAAAGUGUAGCUGAUUCACAACAAAACUAUUGUCUUCUCCUGAAGGCAAUGCUGACCUAAAAAUUCCUUCUCUAGACUGAAGAGUCUCUGUUUAAGAAUGGCUUUCAUAAUAGAUUCUGAGUUAACUUUUUGUAGAAUAACUGUGCCAUUAAUAUGCAAUAAAAUCAGACGUGGGCCAUCUCUGAAAAUGAAAAGAUUGGUUGACAACUCUGCCUUAAACUCACUUUAACAUUUAUGUUUUAAGUGGACUAUCUGAUAUAAUAUUUCCUGAAAAUUUAAGUAUAUAACUGUUGUUGAUAAAGAACACUUUAUCUAGAAAAAGAUAGUUUUAUUAGUAAAAGAUAUUUUUACAGAAUUAAAUGUUUUAGUUCUGCCUUGGAAUUUAUAUAAAGUAUUUUUAUAAUGACUGAUCUUCCUUACUUGGAAAAACAUAGGACACUAGUUUUGAAAUUAUGCCAAAAACUAAAUUUUGUACUUACAAAAGGUCUAUCUUGUAAAUAUUAUUUGAGCAUUGCCUAUUGACAUAUUUAUGAACAAUCAUGAUACUCUUAAGGUGGAGAGUGUUCAUUGCAUGAUAUAUUCUUACUGCCUUUUGAAAGUUGUUGUAGCCAUAUGGAGGUAGAAUGCUUUUUUAAACUAGCCUAUUUGUCAAUCAUUGUGAAAAACUGAAUCAUGAAUGUGAUUGCAUCAAUAAAGAUAAUCUAUUGCU